CAGCGCUGCCGCCCUCUUAAUACAACCACCGAAGAAGAAAUCCACGGGCCGGAAGUGUUCUUGUUGUGGCGGAACAGAAAUGAGCGGAGCUAAAAGAAGCUAACAGAAGCUAACAGAGACUCUGUGAGUGUAACUGUGGGAGUGAGAGAUGGCCGCGGACAUCACUGUGAGGAUGACGGAGCGGCGGCGUCCUGCAGAAGAAGACGUUUGUCCUCUGGAGUCUAAAACUGUGAGGCUGGACAGGAAGUGUCACACAGGAAGUUUCCCUGAGAACCGGCGUGAUGAGGAGAGGACACCUGUCUCAGGUGUUGGGAUGUUGGUCACCGUGGAGACCAGUGAGGCCAGUGAUGACGAGCUGGGACGACUCGACAUCGACCUGGACAGGAAGUCCAAACAGCACAACCUGACCUCCAGGAACGUGCGCGCCAUCCUGCAUGAGGUGAUUACCCAUGAGCAUGUUGUUGCCAUGAUGAAGGAGGCCAUCAGGGACACUCAGGACCUCCCCAUGUUUGAGCCCAAGAUGACUCGAUCCAGACUGAAACAGGUGAUCCAGCAGGGACAGGCACUGAACUGGAGUCUGUCUGCAAUCAACUCAACAACCAUCAAGCCUCCUCAGUUUGUGGACAUUGAUCUUGAGGAUGAUGAAGACUCUUCUGAUGAGGAGUACUGUCCUGAUGAAGACGAGGAGGAGGACACCACAGAGGAGAUGUUUCUCAGUGAUGGAGACAGUCUGACCUCCCCCCCUCGAGCCAUGAGGCCCCCUGGAGUCCAAAACCUAGAACACCUGAGGACUAAUAUGACCUCACAGAGAUUACCUGGACUCUCAGGUGGACAGGUGAUCCCCUCCAGCUGCCCUCUUCAGCCCUCAGCGCCUCCCGAGUCCUCGUUUCUUGCAAGACUGAACGCCGUGGACGAGGAGCUGAACUGUAGCCCCGCCCUCAGCUGUAACCAGUCUGUAGAUCGUAAAAACGAUGAAGGUGAGGGUGAGGAUGUCAAUAAAGGAAGUCUGGCGUACCGCACGCGCUCAAAGCGUCCCCUGGUGAACGUUCCUCUGGGCCAGCUGGAGGCGGAGCUUCUGGCCCCUGACAUCACUGAUGACAUGUACGAGCAAAGCCCCGCCCAACGAGAGGAGGACCGUCAUUGGACGAGGUGGCUGCAGAGUCUGAUGGCGCCCGUUAAUGAAGAGGAGGCCGAUGAUGAAGACGACCCGGAGUAUAACUUCCUGGAGGACCAGGAUGAACCUGACCUGGAGGACUACAGGACGGACCGGGCCGUCCAGAUCACCAAGAAAGAAGUCAACCAGCUGCUGGACGAGCUCUUUGAGACGCUGCAAGAGGAGGAAAAGGAGGAGCAGGAGGAAGAGGAGGAAGAGGAGGCGACCCCUCCACAGACCGGCACUAAAUUCAACGUUCCCAAAGCUUUACGAUUUGAGGCUCCGUUAGCCAGCAUGCUAACAGAGCGGCGGAGAGCGGCGAAACAAAAGUACGAAGCUCUGCAGCAGAAGAGAGCGCUGCAAGACACCACCAAUCAACAACGCAACAACACACACCUGAACAACACACCUGUUACACAACCACAACCACAACCAUGCACCCCCCUCCUGCUGCUGAGCCACACCUGCCCCCCUCUACACCUGGACCACGCUCAGAAACUACAGCUGCAGCAGCAGGUGCAGCAGCACGUGCAGCUCCUGACUCAGAUCCACCUGCUGGCUCGCCGUGUGGACUCUCUGAACCAGGAAUCCUGCAUCACCAAGAAUUACCUGGAGGAGCUGCAGCAGUUUUCCAUGCGGCGGGCGCAGGUUUGUCUCCCCAGCAGUUUCAGAGCGUGUAACCUGAAGGAGGCGCUGGACCUGGUGAAGGAGGUGGAGCAGAGGGCGGAGCCUUCUUCCACUCCACCUGCUUCUCCUGCUCCCUCCCGGCGCUGGCUCCCCACCAUGAGUCCCGCUACCAACAGUCUGGCCUUCCCUCUGCUCCCUGCCGACAUGGCGUGGCUGUUUGCUACUCGAUCCGUCUUCCUUUACCCAGAACUACUUCCUGUCUGUAACCUGGAGGCUCUCAGCGGCCGACAGCAGAGGAGUGUUUACACACCAGGAGAAGACGGGCUGAUCAUUCUGGGUCUGAAGCACUUCGAGGGUUCUGUGGAGCCGGAUCAGCAGAUCACCUCGUACCUGAUCCGGAAGACUCGCUGGAACUUAAAGAAGCACAUCAGAGAGAUGAGCGGACUCAGAGCGCCACAGAACAGCGUCAUCAAGACGUUCCUGACGCAGGGAGUCGUUCCCCCGCUGCCCCUCGCCUGCAGCAGAGUUCAGCCGACCGAGCGGCGCCCCCUGGUGGACAGAAACGACUCCAACUUGCCAAACUGGCUGAAGAACAGUCAGCUGAUCAUCAAGAAGACUCGUCCUGACUCCGCCCCCUACCCCCCGUCCCUCCCUCUGGGCUGCACGCUGAGGCUCCACCCCAACUGGCUCAACAAGUCCCGCGGCCUGCCCUCCACCCACAAACGCAUCUUCAAACUGGCCCACAAUGCUUCACUGCUUCCUCUCGCCAAAGCCCCGGGAGACGUGCAGACGGGAAGUCCGGCUCCUCUGCAGCCGGUGAACCUCCUGGCCCCUCCCCCGACGGGUUCGUCAGGACCCCUGACUCACACCUGUGGAGCCGUCCCAUUGGCUGCUGUCCACACGGUCCCCGCCCACCCCGUCCGCACUAACAUAUUAAACUCCAGUGAUUUCAGAGAGCAGGAAAGCCCCGCCCCCUCACUCAUCCCCCUCGCCCCCGUCGACCAGCAGAAGGAGAACGGAGGAGGAGAGAGGGAGGAGGACGGAGAGAAGGAUAAGGAUGAAGAUCAGGAUCAGCAGGGAGAGGAAGAGGAGGAGGAGGACUUUGAUGACCUCACACAGGAUGAAGAUGAGGAGGAAGUGAUGUCAUCAGCGUCCGAGGAGUCGGUGCUGUCCGUUCCAGAGUUACAGGAAACCAUGAAGCAGCUGACGUGGUUGGCGGCGGAGCGGCGGCUCUGUGCCGACGGAGACUCCGAGGAGGAUCACUCCCCCACCUCACCUGGCUCUCAGGAAGAGGAGGAGGAGGAGGAAGAGGAGGGGCCUAAAGGGGCGGAGUCAGGAGAGAGGAGGAGAGCAAAGGAAGGAGGAGACGAGGACGCACCUUCGGGAGAGGGGACGCCGAGAGGGGGAGGAGGUCGUCCGGGGCGAGGGAGAGGGCGGAGUCGACCUCUCCGCGGUCUGAGGAAGAGUCGUCAGGAGCGCCACAACGUGGACGCCGCCAAGGUGUUACAGCUGUACGACCAAAACAUCCUCGACAACGACCCGCACAGAGAGAGCAAGGACGUGGCGUUCGCUCAGAGUUACCUCAACCGGGUGCGUGAGGCGCUGCAGGACGUACCUGAGCAGGUCGGGGAGUUCGUGUCUCUGCUGAGCGAGUUCGAGCAGGUGGGCGAGGGACAGGAAGUGAUCAUGUUGUUCAGGAAGCUGAGGUGCAUUCUGGGAGAUCGGGCGGACCUCCUUCGAGACUUCGCCGCGUUCCUCCAUCCUGAGCAGGCGCUGCAGUGUGGACUGUUCCAGGAGCAGCAGGCGUUCGACCGAAGCCGCCGUUUCCUGCGACAGUUAGAGAUCAGCUUCGGGGAUAACCCGUCCCACUAUCAGAAGAUCAUCAAAGCCCUGCAGACCGGUCCAGACCUGAGUCCCACCAGCACCCAGGAGUUGAAAGGUCAGAUGGCGACGCUCCUAAAAGGCCACACCCACCUGCAGAAUGCAUUCUGGGUAUUCUUCGACGAGCUCCGCCCUCCGCCUGCUCAUCCGGGUCAGUUCGAAGAGGCUCAUUGGCCGGAGGAUGGAGGGGCCGUGUCGGAGGGCGUGGAGAUCCUGGGCCAGGUGGUUUCAGGGGGCGGAGCCAGCAAUGGCUUCGAGGAAGUGACGCUGCCGGAGCUGGAGGAGGAAGAGGAGGGGCAAAAGAUCCCUCCAAUGACGAGCAGGCGCCAGAGGAGGAAGAUGGACGCCCACAGGAACUACAAGGACUGUGAUUGGUCGGAGAAGGACUGGUCCUGCCUCUGUCCGGACUCAAAGAUCCGGAGACACCGGAGGAAAGGAUGCUCUCGCUGCCACGGCAACAAGGCCUCGGGGGGCGUGUCCAGAGCCAUGAAGAGUCUGAACCCUCUGUACUCUCAGAUAGGCUCCGCCCUCAACCCACCAGGGGACAAAGACCUCGAACUGAAGAGGGACGACGACAGUCCACAACCAGUCCGCAGCAGUGCAUCAUGGGAAGGCUCGUUUCCUCUGACCGAAGAGAAAGAGGAAGAGGAGGAGGAGCUGGAUGAUGAAGAGGAGGAUGAAGAUGAAGAGGAGAGGAAGAGUAGUGAGAAGGAGCAGAGUCCAGCUGUGAAGAGGAGCAGGAGAGAGGAGACGCUGCAGCCUCCUCUCACCUCCACGACCGUCACCUCCUCCGUCACCUCCUCCGUCACACCGGCCUCCUCCCCCACCUCCUCUGUCACCUCCUCCACCUCCUCCGUCACCUCCUCCGUCACCUCCUCCACCUCCUCCGUCACCUCCUCCACCUCCUCCGUCACCUCCUCCGUCACCUCUUAUCCUCCCUCGUCUCCUCCUCUUGCUCUCCCUCACUCGUCUCCUCCCCCUCCUCUCCUCCCUCCUCCUGCCGACCUCCCCGUCUGCGCCAAGAACAUUUCUCUGACGGCGAGCGGAGAGAAGGUCAUUCUGUGGACCAGGGAAGCAGAUCGGGUCAUUUUGACGACGUGUCAGCAGGAAGGAGCCAAUCAGAACACGUUCCAGUCCAUCUCCUCUCUGCUUGGAAACAAGACUCCCAGCGAGGUCUCGCGGCGGUUUCGAGAUCUGAUGCGUUUGUUUCGGACGGCGGCUCGUCAAACAAACUCUGAGGACGAGGCUCCACCCACUGAGCCGACAACAGCCAAUGGGGAAGAAGACUGAUUCCAGCCAAUCAGCAAAGCCUUUGUUCAUGUGGAAGAAAGACUUGGGUCUGACAUUCCCUGGACUUUUAUUGUGAAAGGACUUGUUCAAAGUCAGCUUGUUGUAAAUGAAAAAAUGUAAAUAUUUAAAAAUAAAUUAUUUAAUAUUUUUGUGAA